AUGAUACAUUUGUUCGGUACCCUAAAACAUUUCCUCAAACGACGACCGGAAGUGAUAGACAACGCUGUAUUUCGGUUACACUGGAUGUUUACUUCCACUUUACUCAUGGUCUUCAGCAUUAUGAUUACUGCUAAACAAUAUGUCGGCCAGGCUAUCGCCUGCUUGCAGACGGAUGGUAUUCCGGAGGACGUCAUGAAUGCCUACUGUUGGAUUCACACCACAUUUACUAUUCCGGAAGCUUUUAAAAAGAACGUUGGUGUUGAUGUUCCGCAUCCGGGAAUUGACAAUACAAAAAUGGGAGAGAAAAAAUACUACGCGUAUUAUCAAUGGGUUUGCUUUGUCCUAUUUCUCCAAGCACUACUUUUUUAUGCGCCGUAUUACAUAUGGAAAAUAUGGGAAGGCGGUCUAAUCACCGCAGUAUCCCUCGGAAUGCACGUAGCUGUACUUUCGGAUGAGGAGCGCGAGAAAAAGAGAAAGCUAUUAACUAAUUAUUUGUUAAGCCACAAAGGAACGCAUAAAUUGUAUGCUGUUAAAUACGUGUUUUGUGAAUUCCUGUGCCUCGUAAAUGUCGUCGGUCAGAUGUGGCUCAUGAAUAUUUUUUUGGAUGACGAAUUUUUCAGCUACGGUAUUAAAGUUGUACAGUUCGCGCAGAUGAACCAGGAGGAGAGAGUUGACCCGAUGGUCUUUGUUUUUCCACGUAUGACCAAGUGUCGAUUCCACCAGUUCGGAUUUUCUGGGGAUGUCCAGAAGCACGAUGCCUUGUGUAUCCUUCCUCUGAACAUCGUCAACGAGAAGAUAUACAUAUUCCUUUGGUUUUGGUUCAUCAUUCUUGCCAUAUUAACGACGUUGGUCCUCAUAAAUCGUUUCGUUAUUCUAGUGUUCAGACGGUUGCGGGCUCGUUUCUUAAUAGGUAGAUGUCGCCUAGCUGCCCAUAACGACCUUAAGUACAUUUCUCGAUACAGCGACGUCGGUGAUUGGUUUCUCCUCUACAUGGUAGCAAAAAAUGUAGACCCCGUGGUGAUUCAAGAAGUAACGUCAGAACUGGCUAAGAAAAUAAACCGAUCUCAAGAAGAUGAUACAGAGAACCUGGUUGUGUAG